AAUGUAAACGGACAGUGCAUCCGCGAAGAAAAAGAGACAGAUACGGUCUAAUGUAAACUUGGCCUAAGAUGAAGUACGGUGAGGAGAGUUGAAGCUUCACAGAUUGCUAAUUGAGGUAACAUAGCUAGUACGUUUAUACAGAGAGCCUGAGCAGCUAUGCAGUAACAUUUAUAGUUUAAUCUAGCGCAUUUUGAAAUAAACGGGGGCAGGUCAGGCUGGAUGGUGCUGCCUCCAGGCACAGAUGACGAAAUUUCUGAAAUUCUAAGCAGGGCAAAGAAUCAGCCAUUUGUUGUCCAAGCCUGGACUAUGGACUAUUCAAACGAUCAAAUUACCCCACGCAGAGGACCUGUGAGGCACAUCUUACUUACUUAGACUUGGUUCCUCCUGCUCCCAGUGGUGCAUUGGGCAGCAGCAAAAGUCCUCCAUUUAUCUCGGUUGCUUGCCAGGAUCUUUACCUCUGCCCAGCUGAUUCCCAUCCCCUCCAGGUCCCUCAGUAAAGGCGCAUGAUGUGAGGCGCAUCAUGACUCUAUUAAUAAACAGAACUGAGGAGUGCGCCCUGUUAAUGAUGUUUACAGCUGCCUUUCUUGACCAGUGUUUACCCCACAAAAGUCAAGCUACAUGAUUGGGUAGAUUCCAUUAGAGCAGUGGAAGAAGUGUUAGCUGGCAAGAAUGACCAUUCUUUUGGCCAUGCAUCGGCAAACCGCGGAUUAUUCAAAACCCCCCAACCAAUGGAAGGGGCUGCGUCUGUGAACAGCUUCAUUGCUAAUAGAGAUUCCAGAUUUUCAUUAUAAAAGAAUGAGAUACUGUUCCAUUUACCCAACAGAAGGAGACCAGAGCUGGAGUUCAGAUUUGCAGCUUGUGUCCAAGCUCACCUUAUCAUGGAGUUCUCUACAGAGGUCGAGAAGCCUGGAUAUCGUCCCUGAGGAAUAACAUGCAUUGCAUAUUUAAGAUGCCCAAACAGAGAAACAAUUCCCUUUUUGACAUUGCCUCCUGCACUUCUCAUGACCUCUCUGACGCGAUUUGAUUUUUCCAAGAGGCGGUGAAGCUUGCAUUAGGUUGCUGUCUAAGGUGAUGCCUUGAAAUUCUAUACUCUGGAGAGGGCCUGAUUUGUUUUCUCUUCAGAUAGAGAAAUACCCACUUGUAAAUAUAUGUUGAGCUCUGAGAUGCAUUAGUCUGGCUUUGAAUUGUGUAGUCCACCAGCAAAAGUCAUCAAAGAGGUGAAGUACAAAAGCAGUUUACGGUUGUUGAGGAGGGUCCAGCAAAGAGCCUCUGAUGAGGUGUCAAAUAUUUUUGGGCUGCUGCAACAACCGAAGGUGAGCCUGUCUGAGAAAUGCAUCCUAUCUCUCUGUUUAGCCAAAUAAAUGCCAAUGCGAAAGGUACCGUAUAAAGGCAUGACUUGAGUGAGACUGCUGAGCUGUACCUUCAGGGUUAAUGUGAGUCAUCAGAUUGAGUAGUUGGGUGGUGAUGUCAUCGUUCUGUGAUGCAGGAGCUGACCCUGUGGCUACAUGGAGGAUGUAAACAAACCCGUUGUUGCUGGUAAAUGCGAACUUGUAGAGGAAACCCAACUGGACUCCAGGGCUUGGCUUCCGGAGUUCAUGGUGGCAAGUGACGCUGGAUGCUGGACAAGUCUGACAAGAAGGAGUUAUUCUAAUCCGCAGGUGGUAGUUAUUCUAAUCCGCUGCUGGGCUGAAACUCUUGCUCUCUUGGGCGGCCGGAGCUGGGACUGCGCUGAGGUGCGGGCAGUGUUUUCAUUUUCGGCAACUUCCCCCAGAGCAGAGGAGCUGAAAAGAUCUGCAGCUGGGGGCUUGAUGUGGAUGCUCCCCACGACAACACACAGUUCCUUGAGGGAAGCUCCGACUGGAGCCACGAUGCUAUUUAUUAACAAGGUUUCCAGGAGCCUGGGCACAGGUCCUUCAUUAAUCCUAGGAGCAAAAGACUUUUACUUGCCAAACGAGAGCUCUGGCGAAUGGAAAUGGUGCUCUCUUGCAAAAUGGCUUCCUGAGGAAGUGGCAAAGCUUGAGGUGCAGUCUCCACCGGGCACGCCUAUCGGGUAUGUGAUUCAGAACUGGCACGCUUGCUUACCCAAGUAUACCGUUCAAAAUGAGAAGAAAGAGGACGUUCUGAAGAUCGUGGGACCUUGUUGUACCUUCAAAUUUUGUUCCGAUGUGAAUUUUGAGAUUUUGUCGAUGGAUGAAUCGGCGGCUGUGGGCUGCAUCAGUAAGCAGUGGACGGGUUUCGUCCGAGAAGCUUUCACAGACGCUGACAAUUUUGGGAUCAAGUUCCCUCUGGACCUGGAUGUGAAGAUGAAGGCUGUGCUUCUUGGAGCCUGUUUUCUGAUCGAUUUCAUGUUCUUUGAGAAUCAACAGAAUAGACGCUGAGUGGGAGGAGUAUUCUUUCCUGUUUUCCUCGUCGUCAGCCGUCCUUGCAUCACGUCUCUGCUGGACCUUUAUCGCUUUCAAAAACCAAAUACACAUAACAGGAGAAUGUGCAUCUCUUUUCAUACUGCAGAUAUCCAGUGUACCUUUAAUGUGUUAUACAUUGUUUAUGGGACUAAUCAAUUUUGUGUGUGUGUGUGUGUUAUAAGCUCUAGAUGGUGGUAUAGUAUAACAUUCCUGAGCAGUACUCCAGCUGUCAUUGUGUUGUGGUUUAUAAUCUGUAAAUGCUACAGAACGUCGGUCGUUUAAAGAUAAGACCAAGUUCUACAAACAGAAACCUUUUGAAAGCAAAGAAUCACCACUAAUUGUGCCAUUUUGGCAACGACUAGGCCUUAACUGGUGCCCGAGAAAGAAAGCAUUACGGUCACCAUUACUCAGAGAAAUACCAAAGAACAGAGGACAAUUUUUUGAGGACCAUCUUAACACUGGCGUAACACAUUCCUGUCCCUAGGCUGACUUGAAUCAAGCAUGGGUUUUGUUUUUUUUCCUCCUCUUCUUCUUCUCUGACAGGGCUCAGUACACCAGCCUGCAUCCUGCCCUCAGUCCUGGUCGGGGAAACCAACAGGGGCGUGUCUGGUUUGAUUAAUAAUGGACAAUCCGUCUGAUGAGGCAUCUGGAGAGGCAGGCGUCCUCCAUGAGAAAGGAACAAAUGAAGCAUUUUAUCUCAAUGUUUUCAUCGUAGUAUUUCAGAAUUGAAGAAGUCUUCAUGAUUUGUCAGAAAUGAUGAAAGAAGUCAAACAUUAAAUCAUCGCACUAGCCUUGUUGUAUGAAGGCACACAAAAGAGAAACAAAUUGUAGAAUGCAUAUAUUUAAAACACGGUUUAUUUUUAUUUUAGUACAUUUAUAGACUCAAAUCAUGUCUCAGUGUAUGUAACAAAUAAGUACAAUAAAAAAAAAAGCAAGAAUCGG